AUGUUGAUAUACUUGGGAGGAUUAGUCGUUAUCCAAGUUCUUUUAUUAGUACUUUCACCAAUAUUUAAAUUAACAUGGCCGCUUUCAAUUUAUUACACCAAGUUCUAUAGACCAUUUUUCCUAGAUAAAGAGAGAUAUCGUUGGAAAUACUACUUAGUUCCUGGACUAUACUUGGGUUUAUAUCUGUUUGUUAUUAUUUACUAUCAUUUGAGAGUAAACUUCAUGGUUAACCCUCAUUUGUACUGGUUUGAAAAGGGUCUCAUAUUACCUAUCAUGUUCACAUCAUUACCAUAUUUCGGAGUAAUGACUAUGAUUACCAAACCUGAGAAUAGCAUAGAACAUGGAAUUAAUUCAAACAAUAGGUACAGAUUUGACGAGAUACUAUACUUCCCCAAUGUGUCUUGCAAAACAUGUAGAAAACCGAAACCUGCUAGAUCUAAACAUUGCAGUAUUUGCGAUAAAUGUAUACUUCUACAAGAUCAUCACUGUAUAUGGGUGAAUAAUUGCAUAGGAAUGGGUAACUACAAAUGGUUUUACUUGUUUAUUGGUGGAAAUAGUUUGACAAUGAUAUAUUGCUUCACAAGAUUAUUAUUCAUUAGCAUAAAAUACAAAGUAACUUCCUCAAGAGCAAUUUUAACUAUGAAUAUCUUAUGUGGAAGUUUUGCAAUCAUCUGUUCAGUGUUUACAUAUUUGCAGCUAGAUUUAGUAAGCCAAGGAAUAACCACCAACGAAAUGGAUAAGUGGUAUACAAUUCACGAAUACUGCAGAGAUGGUAAAUUGGCAAGAUCUAAAUCAGGAAAUUGGUUCCUGAUAGAUUCAAACAAUACAUUCUACAGUACAAAUAUAUACGACCACACAAGAUAUUCACCAACCCAAUAUACCAUCAUAAAUGACCCAACUGAUAUACAAAACAUUUAUGAUAAGGGCUCUUGCUGGUUAAACUUUAUCGAUAUCUGUACCACGUGA